CGGGCCAGCCCCUCCCCAAGGAGAUCUCUCGGUUACAGACUGGGAGGAGACAUCCAUGGAAGCGCAGAUCGCGGGUAGAUUUUAACGGAUUCCUUUUCGGGGGGUGGGGGCUUCUUUCGUUGCUCUUAUUAUUAUCCUCACCCCCCCCCAAACCCCGGUUUCGGGCACUGUCUUAGAAGAAUUUUUCUCUCUGCUGCCACCGCCCAGAUGUUAGUUCACACGUAUACCGCCAUGGACCGCUCCGAUGGACUCAACGGCAGCUCGGCCGGCGGCCGCCUCUCGCAGCUCUCCUCCCUGAACCAGGCGGCGGCCUAUUCCUCGGCUCCCCCGCUCUGCCACACGCCCGCCUCGGACUUCCAGCCGCCUUAUUUCCCGCCGCCCUACCCGCAGCCGCCGCUGCCCUACUCGCAGAGCCAGGAGGCCGGCUACCCGCACCUGGGCGACCCCUACGGCGCCAUCAACCCCAUCCACCAGCACCAGCAGACCGGCUGGCACUCGCAGCGGGCGCGCCAGGAGGAGGCCGCCGCCGCCGCCGCCGCCGGCCUCCUCUCGCAGACGCACCGCGCGCUGGGCCUGGACCCGCGCAGGGACUACCCCGGCGUGCCGCGCUUGCUCCACGGCCUGGCCGACGGCGCGCACGCCCUGGGCGACGGCCCGCUAGGCCUCCACGGCCUGGGCCACCCCAGCCUUGAGGACAUCCAGGCUGUGGAUGAAACCGGCAUGAAUCUCUUGGACCAGUCUGUGAUCAAGAAAGUGCCCAUUCCCUCAAAAGCCAAUGGCACCACCAUCUCUGCCCUGACGAUGAACAAGGACGCCCUGAUUGGAGGGGUGACCAAUCCCAAUGAGGUCUUCUGCUCCGUGCCAGGCCGCCUCUCCCUCCUCAGCUCCACCUCAAAGUACAAAGUGACUGUUGGUGAGGUCCAGAGGAGGCUGUCGCCCCCCGAGUGUCUCAAUGCCUCCCUUCUGGGUGGAGUCCUCCGGAGGGCAAAAUCGAAAAAUGGAGGAAGAUGUUUAAGGGAAAGAUUGGAGAAGAUUGGGUUAAACCUACCCGCUGGGAGACGUAAAGCAGCAAACGUGACCUUGUUAACGUCCCUGGUAGAAGGAGAAGCUGUUCACCUCGCCCGAGAUUUCGGAUAUGUGUGUGAAACAGAAUUCCCAGCCAAGGCCGCAGCAGAGUACCUCUGCCGUCAGCACUCAGAUCCUAGUGAACUCCAUGCCCGGAAGAACAUGCUAUUAGCAACCAAGCAAAUCUGCAAAGAAUUUGCUGAUUUGAUGGCUCAGGAUCGCUCCCCACUUGGAAACAGCCGCCCAUCGCUCAUCUUGGAUCCUGGAGUUCAGAGCUGCUUGACCCACUUCAGCUUAAUAACUCAUGGUUUUGGGGGGCCAGCCAUCUGUGCAGCUCUGACGGCAUUCCAGAACUACUUGGUAGAAUCGCUCAAAGGGCUGGAUAAAAUGUUCAUGAACAGCACAGGGAAUAGCCACUCAGUUGGUGACUCCAAAACCUCAGAAAAGGAAGUGAAACAUCGGAAAUAACCUCCAGAAUUUCUCAGCCAGCCCCUGUAAGAGAGUCCUUCUGUUCCCGGAUCAUUAAAUAGGAGGCCUGGUCUUAUCAAUGUAUGGAGGGAAAGAAGCCAAUUAAAGAACCACCUUCCUUCCAUGUUUUCUCAGAUUGUGACAGAGGCCUUUCAGAAAUCAAGUAAACAGAAAGUGAAGACUGAUGAAAAACAUCUAAGGGGACUUCAUUUUGAUGGAUGCCAAUCCAGACACAUCAAUAGGUUUCUGUUGACAUUUUUGAUUUGCAGUAGUGGAUAUGGGAAGCCAGCUCAUAUGUGCAAUUACUUUUUUU